GAAAAUUUUCCAAAUGAUAGACGAUGUUAGAGCAAGCUUAUUGAGCUUAAUUGACACCCAAAUUUUAUAUCCUUAAAGGCUUCCACUAGACCCUUUAGCUCAUAGGUGACACCCCAACAUUCAAAAGCCCCAACCCAACCAUGAGCCACCACCCCAGCACCACCACCCAAGCCUGGACCCGGUGCUUAACCCUCUUAAAGCACUGCAGCAAAACAGCUCAAAUCAAGCCAAUCCAUGCCCUUUUAAUCACCCAAGGCCUCCACCAAAACCCCUAUAUCAUCAGCAAACUAAUCACCUCCCUUACCUCUCUUUCAACUAGCCUUGGCCUCCACUACUCUUCCCUCAUCUUUGACCAGCUUCAAAAUCCUAACUUAUAUAUCUACAAUGCCCUCAUUAAAGCUCACUCUAACAGCCCUCACCCUCGAACUUCCUUUCAUUACUUCAAUCUCCUCUUAAAUGAAGAAACUUUAAGACCCGAUUGCCAAACCUUUAGCUCGAUUCUUGUUUCUUGUGCCAAAACUUGCUCUUUGAUUUCAGGAAAGCAAAUCCAAAACUGGGUAUUUAAGAACGGAGUGUUUUCAUCAGAUUCUUAUGUUCAAACAGGGGUUAUUAGGCUUUACGUUGAAACCAAGCUGUGGGGUGAUGCAAGGAAAGUGUUCGAUGAAAUUACUUUCGUUGAUGUUGUUAAGUGGAAUGUGGUUAUGAGUGGGUUAAUACGGUGUGGUUUAGGGACUCAAGCUUUGGGUUUGUUUAAGGAAAUGUUGGUUGACGGUUUGGAGCCUGACGAGUUUUGUUUGACCACAGCUCUGACAGCUUGUGCACAAAGUGGGAAUCUUUGGGAAGGGAGAUGGAUUCACGAGUAUGUGAAGAAAAGGAAAAAUCAUUUGGGACUUGAUGUGUUUACUGGAACAGCUCUUGUUGAUAUGUAUGCAAAGUGUGGAUGUUUAGACUUGGCCAUGGAAGUUUUCCAAGGGAUGACUAAAAGAAAUGUAUUUUCAUGGGCAGCCAUGAUUGGAGGUUUUGCAGUUCAUGGUCAUGCAAUGGAAGCCAUUCAUUAUUUUGAAAAGAUGCAAACUUAUGGUGUUAGGCCUGAUGGGGUUGUUCUUCUUAGCGUUUUAACUGCAUGUAGGCAUGCAGGCUUAGCUGAGGAAGGUUUAUUUUUGUUGAAUAACAUGGAACAUCAAUAUAAGAUUAUGCCCAAACAUGAACAUUAUAGUUGUGUGGUGGACUUGCUUUGCAGGGUAGGUAGAUUUGAUGAAGCUCUAAAGCUCAUAAAACUAAUGCCUAUGAAACCGCUCGCAUCGGUCUGGGGCGCUUUAUUGAAUGGUUGUCGGAUUCAUAACAAUGUUGAGCUAGCUGAGCUUGCUGUUAAAGAGCUUCUAGAGGUUGAAGAUUGUGACAAGGAUGAAGAAGAUGCAGCUCUUGUGCAGCUAUCCAACAUUUACUUUAGUUCUCAGAAAAGUGAAGAUGGUUAUAGGAUCCGUAGGAUGAUCGGUGAUACAGGACUCAAGAAAGCACCAGGUUGCAGCAUGAUCGAGGUUGAUGGUAGGACAACAGAAUUCGUUUCCACAACAGAAUUCGUUUCCGGUGAUGUAUCGCAUCCACUCCAUUUUCAAAUACAUGCUAUACUGAGGCUACUCUUCCCUGAGGACCCUGACACCUUGUAGACUAUAUGGAUCUCAGCAAAUGGCAAUAGUGUCUGCACAUUGCAAAUUGACAAACCUAAGAAUUGCUUCCAACGAUGUUGCCGAUAAGGAGCUCUUUGUCUCUGUUGAGGGGAGGUUGGUCUCGACCCUCAACAGAAAGUAUUGUUCUUAUGUUGGGGUUUUGUCUCCCAUACUCCGAAGAAAGCCCAAAAGGUUUCAUAGAAUUUUGGGAGCGCCUUAGUUGUUGGAGAUACAACCUACAAGCUCACGGAAGAGGUGUCAAUAAUGUACUAUUGUGCGUAAUAUUAAUUAUGUAUAUUGUGCCUACCGGGGUUCAAACCACCAACCAAGGCAUCUAUAGCCCUUGCAAGCUUGUAGGCCUUAUUUUAAUCAACCGAGGCGCUCCUUGAAGUACAAGAGACAAAACCCCGACACAAAAAUAAUAUUUUCCGUUGAGGGUCUGGACCAACCUCCCCUCAACAGUCUCCCUUCUAUCAGAUUUGAUAAAGAUGGUAGCAAUAAAUUCUUUAUUACAAUGGAGCCAGCUGAGCCAUUUCUUGUAAUUUUUAUCUAAGUGACCAUUUCUUACCAACUAUCAAUAACUUUCUUGUUUGUGCUAACAAUUUUGCACUGAUUUAUUUACAAAGCUAGUUCAUUUUUUUUUUC